AUGAGUGCCCCAAAUAAUAAUAAUAAUAAUACUACUACUACAACUACAACAUCACCAUCACCAUCACAAAGCUCACCAACAUUAACAUCAGUAGCAUCAAAUAGUACAACAACAACAACAACAGAAACAUUAACUACACCAAAAUUACAAUUUGUAGUUAGAUCAAAAACCAAUGCAUAUCAAGAGAUUGGGCAACAAUAUGGAAAGAAUUUAAAUUUACCAUCAUAUAGUAAUGGAGAUUGUCGUCAUGUUGAAUACAGUAAGGAUGGUACAUUGAUUGCAUAUGUUAAUUUGAAUGAGAUUGUAAUUUGCAAUAGUGAUGGUGGAUCAGUUCACUCUGUAAUCAAUAGACCAAAUGUUGGAAUGAUAUCAUUUUCACCACAAAACAGUUUCCUCUUAACAUGGGAGAGAAUGUCAGAAUACAAUAACAAUGAAAACAACCUCAUUGUGUGGGAUAUCAAACAGGCCUCCAUCCUCUAUAAAACCUCACAGAAAUAUUGUAACCAAGAGAAUUGGCCACUCAUCAAGUGGACCGAUGAUGAAGUAUUGGCAGGUAAAUUGAUCUCAAACGAGGUACACUUUUUCAAUGGUCGUUCAAUUGGUGUAUUGGCAAAGAAGAUCAAAUUACAAGACAUCUCCUCAUUCGAGUUUGCACCAGCUACCAAUGGUGGUCCAUACAAAAUCGCAACCUUUGUACCAGAGAAAGGUAGCACCCCAGGUUCAGCACGUAUCUACUCAUAUCCAACUGUCAACGAAUAUUGCUCUCAUUUGAAGUUUUUCAAGGCUUCAGAAGCAAAGGUAUUGUGGAAUAAAAAGGGUAACGCAAUCCUUGUCCACACAUUCACCGACACUGAUAAAUCGGGUAAAUCAUACUAUGGUGAAACCGGUCUUUGGUUCCUCUCACAAGAUGGUAGUAGUUUCAAUCUCAACAUCAAAGGACCAAUUCACGACGUUCAAUGGAGCCCAACUUUGGAUCAAUUCAUGGUUUGCUAUGGUAAUAUGCCAUCACAAACUACACUUUUCAAUUUAAAGGGUGAACCAUUGGUCGAUUUUGGUCUCAAUCCAAGAAACACCAUUCGUUUCUCUCCAAAUGGUCAAUUGUUAUGUUUGGGUGGUUUUGGUAAUCUUCAAGGUGAUAUGGACUUUUGGGAUUUAACACGUUACAAGAGAAUUUGUGGCACUCAAUCUCAUUGUGCCAUUUACACUGAAUGGUCUGCUGAUUCCGUUCACUUUAUGACCGCUGUCCUUUCACCACGUAUUCGUGUUGACAAUGGUGUUAAAAUCAUCAAAUACGAUAACACUAUCGUCUAUCAAGAAAACAUACCUGAACUUUAUCAAGCCUCUUGGAGACCUUUAAAUCCACUCGUCUUCCCAAAUGAAAGAAUCGUCUAUCCAAGUAUACAACAACAAAAAGAAUCUUCACCACAACCACAAAAAUAUACACCACCAUCACUUAGAAAUAUGCAAGCUGCUCCACCAGUUGUAACUUCACCACCUGCAAUGGGUGCUCCACUUCCAAGUGGUUUUAAAGUUUAUUUAGCUUCUGCCAAAUCAUCAUCAACUUUUAAACCAAAACAAAAACCAUCAUCAACAACAACAACAAACAAUACUACCACCACCACAACAAAACCAGCUGCAGAUGAACCAAAGAGAGAACUAACACCAAUUGAAAAGAAAAUUAGAAAUGUUGAAAGAAAACUCAAAGAGGUUGAAGUAUUAAAAGAAAAAUUAAAUUCUGGAGAAUUUAUUCCACCAACUGCAAUUGAAAAAAUAAAUAAUGAACAAAAGUUUUUAGAAGAAUUAAGAAAACUUCAAUCCGAAUUAUAA